AUGGAGAGCGAGGGGAACGGGACCCUGGGCACGUCCUGCGGCUCCAGCGAGCCGCCCUACGCGGAGGAGCUUCUCCGGAGCCUUGACCUACCAGGGAGAUUUCUCUUUGCAACCUUGACUCUGAUGACGCUCAUUGCCAUUCUGGUGUUUAUAGAGGAAGCAGUCUACAUCUACAGGAAAAUCCCCUCCUCCAAAAGAUCAAUCAUAAUUUGGAUUAAUGCUGCAGCUCCAGUGAUCUCUACUACUUCAUGCAUUGGCAUGUGGAUUCCUCGCUCAGGAAUGUUUACAGAUUUCACAGCAGGAAUAUUUUUUGCCAUAGUUAUCCACAAGUUCCUGAUUAUGAUGAUUAAAGAGUGUGGAGGCCAGAAGGUGCUCCUCAGACGGUUUGAAAAUGGUCACUUCACCAUCAGCACCGGCCCCUGCUGCUGCUGCUGCCUCUGCCUCCCUCGUGUGCCCAUCACCAGGAAAGCCCUCUUUUGGCUGAAGCUGAGCACCUUCCAGUUUGCUGUCUUUCGGCCUGUGCUCGUAUUUUUAUCGAUAGUACUUUGGACUAAUGACAAUUAUGUCGUGUACAAUUUGUCUCCCAAAGGACCUGCACUAUGGAUCAGCUGCAUUGUUGGUGCCCUCACCCUUUUUGCUCUGUGGGCAGUAGGAAUCAUGUUCCGAAAAGUUAGGAUUCUCCUUAAGUGUAAGAACAUUAUCCCAAAGUUUGCUCUUUAUCAGUUUAUUGUCAUUCUGAACCACCUGCAGAUCACUAUUAUCAACAUGCUUGCUACACAAAAAAUCAUUCCCUGUGCUCCACCACUCUCCUCUACAGUAAGAGGAUCAUAUAUAGCCCAUCAGCUGCUCAUCAUGGAAAUGUUUCUGAUAACCGUAAUCUCAAGAGUGGUCUAUCGGAGAAAAUACCAUGACCUAGAGCCUCCAGAGUGUGUGGCUGAAGAACCCACGGACAAGAAGCAGACUCCUAAGAUUAUCCUGAAUGGUGCAGUUGUUGAAGAUGUAUUGACAAAGGUUUAGAAGCAUCCUGUGCUCCUGUUAUGCAGGAGCUGUAAGAUCAACUUCAGGAACUUGUAUAUUCUUACACCAAAAACAGCCACUGUCUAUGUUGGAACAAAUUCUGGCAUAAAUGCCUGUGAGCUGCAGUACUGAAAGGACCAGUACAGAUAAUCCUGUUGAUUAUCCAACAAUGUUUGCAUGGUGUGAGUCUUUUCACACCAUGUAAUUUACUAAGAUGGGAUACCAUUUUAUACUGUUACUGAGCACUUGAUGGUGCCAAGCUGUCAUACAAUAUGAUUUUAUUUUAUUUUAUUUUUUAUCUAUUAGAAUGGCUAUGAUUUAGAGUUAAUUCAAAGUGAUUAUUUUUCAUCUUUUUUGACUUUUAAUUUUUUUUCCACCCUGGAUUGCUGUCAUAUGUCCAACACAGCAUCUUUCCGUGCUUCCUCCAUUACAGUAGAUCACCUCUCACUCUACACCAUGAGCUCACCAUAGCUAAUUCUGAUCAGUUAAUACAGUCUUGUAUGUUUGUUCUGAAAUCCCCAAACCCAUGUGGGCUCUCCACCUACAAUGAAACAAUGAUCUCUAGGGCAAGACUUUUUAUUUUCCUUGGCAAUUCACUUCCUAAAUUGGUAAAUACACAGUUAAUGUUUAUAAAUACAUCAGGUGUUCUUCCUGUGGACAGCAGGUUCUCUGUCACCGGCCUGGAAAAGGAAAGUAGGAGUUAGAGGCUGGGAUGUGUUCUGCCACUGGCCUGUGGUGUUACAUGGUGCUUUGGCUCUCUGCUUGGAAAAUGGGGAUAAUGAUACUCAGGGUCCUUGCACUAACAGGGUCCAUAAGGAUGGGAGCGGCUGAAAGGACUGUUGGGGGUGCUGGUCACCAGCCAGCUGACCAUGAGCCAGCGUGUCCCCAGGUGGCCAAGAAGGCCAAUGGCACCUGCCUGUAUCAGCAAUAGUGUGGCCAGCAGGACUAGGGCAGGACUGUCCCACUGGUGAGGCCACACCUCAAAUCUUCUGUUCAGGUUUGGGGCCCUGACUAAAAGGACAUUGAGAUGCUGGAGUGUGUCCAGAGAAGAGCAAGAGAAGCUAAGCGGAUAGAGUCACAGUAUGCUUUGGGUCAGAAGACACCUUUGAAGGUUAUCUAGUCCAAGCCCCUGCAGUGAGCAGGACAUUUUCACCUAGAUCAGGUUGCUCAGAGUCCCAUUCAAGCUGACCUUAAAUGUUUCCAGGGAUGGAGCACCUGCCACCUCCCUGGGCCACUCAUUCCAUUUAUUUACACCUCUCACUUUAAAAAGUCCUUCCUUGUAUCUAACCUACAUCUACAUUCUUGUAGUUGAAAACCUUUAUCCCUUGUCCUAUUGCAAAAGACCCUGCUAAAAAGGGUGUCCUCACCUUCCUUGCAGUCCCCUUUAGGUACUGGAAGGCCACAAUCAGGUGGCCUCUUCCCAGAACCUUCUCUUCUGCAGGCUGAACAGUCCCAUCUCCCUCAGCCUGUCUUCACUGGCUGAAGUGCCCCAACCUUCUCGUCAUUUCUGUGGCCCUUCUCUGGACCCACUCCAACACACAGUGGGGCUUUACUUAUGGCUUGCAUGGAAUUAAAACAUUACAUUCAGUUUGGGAGUUGGUGGGAAAUGAAUUAUUCUGAAAGCAACUAGUGAGCCACCUGAAGUAGAAAUUUGGGCUGACUUAAAAUGUUUUCUUCUUUCUGAUUGAGAUCAGAAACAAUAUUUUCUUUAACAACUGAAGGAUUCCAUUAUAAUAGAAAACUUGAAUUAUUUUUGUUUUGAAAUGGUUGAUGUAAUUUUUAUAUUUAAUCUUUUUUUCUAAGUAGGCAGUUUUGGAAAUUAAUACAGACUCUUGAACUACAGUAAUUUGAGAGAAUCUGCACUUUUUCCUUGAAAAAUAAUUUACGUGAAAAUUUUUUACUCUGCAUUAGAGUGAAUUAGAAUUAACUGGGAUCAGCUAACUUAUUCUCAACGUGAGAAAUCUUCUUAAUGUAUUUUAACAUUAUGACUAUUAGCAUAUUCCUGGUGUUGCUUUAUAUCAGUGUAAUCUAGACCACAGGUACAUACACAGGUUUGAAAAGCAAUACUGAAUUUCAUAUAACAGCUUUGGGGUGGUAGGC